AAUAGACUCAGGUUUACGAGAUGGCAUGCAGCAAGCAAAGUCGAGACGAAAAUCUGAAGAAGGAACACAAAUUUGAGGAGGGCGCCUGCACCCUAGCCUGGCACUUGCCGCCUCCUCGUCUUUGAAUCCAAUCGUCAGAAAUUUUCAAAGCAGCGUCCUGAGUUUCUUCUUGUGAAGGACAUCUUUCCUGGGGUUGUUUUACUGGAACGAGGGAGCGAAGUUGAGGGGGGGACUUUAGGGUUUGGAAACAAGUUCAAAGAUUUCUUCAAGUACAUGUUCCGGCCCCUGGGGCGCAAGUAUUCCUCGUAAGCCGGUGGAAAGGUUUUGGCUGGGGCCGAAGGCUGGGCAGUUCUCUAGCCUUGUGUCAGAGCAUAGGUAGAGGAGCUGCACACGUACAACUGGCCCCUUACUUUAGCAAGCAACCUUGUCAACCGCUUGAAGGGCUAACCGUCCGAGAUGGCCCAAACCAUCGAGGAUUGGUAUAAGCAAAUGCCCAUCAUCACACGGUCUUAUCUGACACUCUCCUUCCUGACUACCGCUGGCAUUGCACUUGAUGUCAUCUCUCCGUACUCUGUCUACUUCAAUGCAAAGCUGAUAUUUCAACGCUUUCAACUAUGGAGGCUGUUCACAAACUUCUUCUACUUCGGACACUUAGGUCUUGAUUUCCUCUUUCACAUGUUCUUCCUUUCGCGGUACUGCAAACUCCUAGAGGAGACCUCCUUCCGAGGCCGAACAGCAGACUUCUUCUACAUGCUCAUCUUUGGUGGUGUCCUGCUCACAACCGCAGCCCCAUUUGUAAAUAUCCAAUUCUUGGGGCACUCACUCACUUUCAUGAUGGUUUACGUCUGGGGCCGCCGCAACCCGUACGUGCAGAUGAGCUUCUUGGGCCUGUUCAACUUCACAGCCCCGUACCUUCCUUGGGUUCUUCUCGGGUUUUCCCUCAUGCUCGGAAGCAGUCCCGUCGUAGAUCUUCUGGGUAUGGCAGCCGGUCAUGCCUACUUCUACCUUGAGGACGUGUACCCCCGUCUCACAGGCCGGCGCCUCCUGAAAACACCAGCGCUUUUGAAAGCAAUCUUUCCGGAUGACGAUGUCGUUGUUGACCUCCGAGCACGUCAAGCAGCUGCUGUGGGUGGUGUUGUUGGAGGCGCUUGGGGGGGAGACGAAGCGCGGCCGAAUGAAAGGAAUGACUAAUGGGCCGGGAGGCCCCAAAACAGGGGGUGUAACAUAUAGGUACAAGUUUGGAACUUAAGUCUUUGUUCUAUUAGCAGAAUCUAAAUUGGAUGGCAAAGAAUGAGCAAGUCAUUUGUGUCAUAGCCGAACAGGCAACCGGUCCCAUGAAAUUGUACUCAAGUCAAGGGAUAUAUGUGCUGUCGUGUUGAACAAGCUGGAAAGGCCGGAUUGUCAGCUCAUUCCGUCGCUCAAGGGAGCUUGGCGGUUGGUGUUAUCACAAUUUAUCUUUUUGAGACGAAGUGGACAAAAUCUCGAUAUGCAAUAUAACC